AGAUUACGUCAGGGUCCAGUGACCGGCCGAAGCAGGUGACCAGCAGAAGACUUUCUGCUGACUCACCAUGACGCUGCCUGAGGCUGCAAGAGCAAACAUCGCAAACAGACGAGGCGCCCGCUUCUCGCUAAAGCUGGCUGGUCGUCACCUUCACCGUCCAUCACUCGUUGCUGGAGGAUCACAUCUGCCAAACCUCUCGUGAUUCCCAUCUUCUUUUCAUCCCAUUCUCCGUUGUCUCGUGCUCUACUUCGGUAUCUUGCACCUCUACUCUCUCCUUUUCACCGUCUACCAAACCAACCACCGUCUUUCCCAAUCCCCUUAUCUCCAUCAGAUCGCCUACUAUGACUUCUGAGCGUGAGAACAAGACGUUCCUCGCCCGGCUCUGUGAGCAGGCUGAGCGCUACGAUGAGAUGGUCACGUACAUGAAGGAAGUCGCCAACAUUGGAGGCGAGCUUUCCGUCGAUGAGCGUAACCUUCUCUCCGUUGCUUACAAGAACGUGGUCGGUACCCGCCGUGCCUCGUGGCGUAUUAUCUCCUCCAUUGAGCAGAAGGAGGAGUCCAAGGGCUCUGAGCAGCACGUUUCGAUCAUCCGUGACUACCGCCAGAAGAUCGAGACCGAGCUCGAGAAGGUCUGCCAGGAUGUCCUCGAUGUUCUCGAUGAGUCCCUCAUCCCCAAGGCCGAGACUGGCGAGUCCAAGGUCUUCUACUACAAGAUGAAGGGUGACUACCACCGCUACCUCGCUGAGUUUGCCUCUGGCAACAAGCGCAAGGUCGCUGCCACUGCUGCCCACGAGGCUUACAAGAAUGCUACCGAUGUCGCCCAGACCGAUCUUACUCCUACCCACCCCAUCCGCCUUGGUCUCGCCCUGAACUUCUCCGUCUUCUACUACGAGAUCCUGAACUCCCCCGAUCGUGCCUGCCACCUUGCCAAGCAGGCGUUCGAUGACGCCAUUGCGGAGCUCGACUCGCUUUCGGAGGAGAGCUACCGUGAUAGCACCCUGAUCAUGCAGCUCCUGCGUGACAACCUUACUCUGUGGACCUCUUCUGAUGGCAACGAGCCCGAGGGCGCUGCCCCCAAGGAGGACAAGCCCGAGGAGGAGACCGCCGCCGCUCCCGAGGACAAGGCUGAGGAGCCCAAGCCUGCUGCCCCUGAGUCCUAGAUGGGUGGUGUGUGUUCUUGUGUAUCAAAAACAGUUGUGUCCCCGACGUGCCAGUUCAGGUGUGCGAAUACUACCCGGAAACGCUUAU